AUGAACCGUCUUCCAUCCGUCUCCAGCCUCAUGUCUCCGCCAGAGGCAAAGCCGUUCGAGAGCUUCCAUUCUGGCUACCCAUCGAUGGCUGUGCCUUCUGCUGAAGAUGUCGUCAAGCUGCCUCCCAUUUCAGAAGACCGAAAGCGCAGUCGCUCCGAGUUGGAUUUGCCCUCGCCACCCGUCACUCCAUAUGCAGGAAACAAGAAAAGAAGGUCGAAUGCAGACCAGCUAGAGGUUGAAGUUGGUAGUACCUCCAGAGACCCAGUGCUAUUUCCUCGCAAUGAAUCAGCCGCCGAUGUCCCCAAUGAUGAGCCCCUCUUUGGGCCCGUUCUUGCCUCCGCUGCUGAAGCAAUAGUCGACCGGCACAUGAACUCCCACUUGGCUCGAUUUCAAAAUAAGAUAAACAAGCCGACUCGCGAUGAGUACCUGCUGGCCUUAUCCUGCGUGCCAAUUGUAUCGACACAAUACAAUCGUGACCCAGCGGCCUGGGCGAGAGAAGAGAGGGAGACUCUAGAGCGGCAAAUGGCGAUGAUGGACCGUGAUCGCCUAGAGUUUCGCACAGGAAACUUGAAACGCCUCGCGCCUGCUCCUUCUAGAAAGCCCGUCAAUAAUUCCCAAACUCGCGUUGCCCGAACGUCGAGGCCUCGUCGAACGCCUAAAUCUACACCGACUCAGCGAACCCUUGACACUUUCGAUGCUGAAUCUUCGCCUUCAUCAAAACCUUUGCGAGCCAUCGGUACCAACCGAGAUGACACCGACUAUAAUUCACUCAAGGAUUAUUCUCCGCCACUCGAGACUCUGGGGGGAAACACCAAGGGCCUUAAAGCCGAUUGGAAGGGCCAAAUGCUUGACCUCAGCACUGACCCUGACCGAGGCUUGCUGGACCCUGCGGAAAUAAGCCUUGCCGCCACUUUACGACUGUCGUGUGCAACCUACCUCUGCAGUAAGAGGAGGAUUUUCGAAGCCCGUGUGAAGGCGCUUAGCAUUGGCAAGGAGUUUAGAAAGACCGACGCUCAGCAAGCUUGCAAGAUUGAUGUCAACAAAGCUAGCAAGCUAUGGACGGCUUACGACCGAGUUGGCUGGUUCAAGCCGGAAUAUUUCAUCAAGUUCCUGAAAGCAUGA